AUGCCUGGCGCCGAUGCCUCAGACAUCGGCCAUAGGCCCGAGGAUGAUGAGUUUGUCGACAUCAACGGCGAUGGCAAAGCUGACUACGCCUGCAGCCGCGUAGUUUGGUUGAACAAUGACCUGGAAAUACUGUCGUGGCUCGCCCAGGACAAAACAGCGGGCGGCAUAGGGGUCAACGGACGCAAAUGUCCGGCGGGCGAACCCGCUCGGUACUGCUCGGGCGAGUUACAUGGCUACAUGGGCGGCCUCGUGGCCAGGUUGAAAGGUUGCGACGACCUCGAGCCAAAGACGUUCACCGAGUCACCCAGACGAGCCGUACAAGUCGUUACCGCUUCGCGAUUGGCCUUGUGUCAGCGUGACGAUUCCCAGAGUGCCGCCUGCCAAAUAGACAAGGACACCGGUUAUCCCGUGUCGCGAGGCGCUUUACCGGGAACUUCAUCUGCUCCUCAACAAGCUUGUCUGGGGCUGCUGGUCAUGGGCAGAACCCUAGCAAUCUUUUGGGAGACUAAACACGGCGGAGCAGCACUGCCACUAUUGUACGACAUUCUCAGCCAAGCCCGACUUGGUUUCGGAGGGCGCUAG